AAAAUAAAAUUACCCAAGAAAACAGCUAGACGAUACCCAGCAUAUGAGCUUUAUCUCUAUGGUGAAGGGAACUAUGCUGAAGAAAACAAAAAUCUCCUGUUGACAGGAAUUCCAGUUCUCUUUCUUCCUGGGAAUGCUGGCAGUUACAAACAAGUUCGUUCUCUUGGCUCCAUUGCACUUAGAAAAGCAGAGGAUGUUGACUUCAAGUAUCAUUUUAAUUUCUUCAGUGUCAACUUUAAUGAGGAGUUGGUUGCGUUGUAUGGUGGUAGUCUGCAACGACAGACCAAAUUUGUGCAUGAAUGCAUAAAAGUAAUUCUUAAGUUGUACAGGGAUCGAGAAUUUGCACCGACCAGUGUUGCAAUAGUAGGUCAUUCCAUGGGAGGUCUUGUUGCAAGAGCAUUGCUUACUCUGAAGAAUUUCAAGCCUGAACUUCUAAACCUCCUCAUUACACAAGCCACACCUCAUGUUGCACCUGUGAUGCCUUUAGACAAGUAUCUUACCGAUUUUUAUACAGCUGUAAACAAUCAUUGGAUUCUAAAGGCCCAAGAUUUAAGAAAUUUAACUACCCUUUCUGUGGCGGGAGGAUUCAGAGAUUACCAAGUUCGUUCAGGACUGGCUUUUCUACCAAGAUUGAGUCAACAUGACAGUGCCUUAUCUGUUGUGAGCUCAGCUGUGCCUAGAGCUUGGGCCUCAACAGACCAUCUCUCCAUAGUGUGGUGCAAAGAACUGAUCCUGGCUACCAUUAGAGCUUUUUUUGAUCUCAUAGAUGAAAACACAAGGCAGAUAACUGAAGAUCCAAAGAAGAGAAUGUCCGUAUUGAAUCACCACUUUGUGAGACACCCUGCAAAGAUAUUUGAGGAAAAUCCUGAAGCUUUUACAGAACUAGCAGGAGCUUUCAUGUGGAUUACAGUCAAAGCCUCAAAAUGGACUUACUCGGUUUAUAAUGAUUCUGAUGGAAAAUACUUCACACUUCCUCUUGCAAGCCACAGAAAAUCAUACAGUCAUGUUUACUGUGAAAACAGUAUGUUGGACACAAGUAGCUGGAUUUAUGGCUGUGUGAACAGUAAUUCAUCAAUGUGCCUGGAAGCUACUGAUUUAUCCUGGAAAGCUGAGUUGCUUCCAUCUACCAAAGUUGUAAUACUGAAACUUGAGGACUAUCCUUCUUUGUCCCACAUUGUCAUUCAGGUACCACCCACAGCUGGCAAGAAGUAUACUUUGGACUGUGAAUUCUUCAUAGAGGAGUCCAGAACGGUACGGCUUCCUGUAACACAUCUUUUUUCUUUUGGGCUUUCUUCAAGCAAAAUUCUAUUAAAUUCAACUGGGUUACUUUACAAUGUACAGCUCCAGCACUUUAACCAAAUAUAUCAAGCUUUCAAAAUUUAUAUAGAGAGCCACUGCCAGUCACUCAAAGAAAGAAAACCUAGUGUUUACAGACUUCAUAUACCCUGGUCACAUGAAGACUCGAUAACUGUAGCGAAAGUUCCGUCUUUUACUGAGAUUUCUGCAAAACUGCAUAUUGCUCAGCCUCAAAAUGACAGCAGGGUUCCAGUGUUAAAUAUUUACUCUUCCUCAGACUGUCAGUAUGAAGUAAUUCUGAAGACAUCACUUUCACAGAUUCUUGGGCAAAUAAUAAGGUUCCAUGCUGGAGCUCUUCCUGUCUAUGUUGUUUCUAAUAUUCUCCUUACUUACGGAGGACAAUUGAGCACAUUGAUAUCAACAGGCCAGUGUUCAGACUUUUCCCUUGAACUAGUUAGGACAGCUAAACCCUACAAAGUAGAAGCUCUUAUAAGCAUUGUUGUGUUUCUGCAGGGGUUUAACUGGUUUAGAGAGAUAUGGGAAUCACUGUCACUACCAGAGGUGGAUGCUGCUGUACUGAGUAGUCAGGAUGCAUGGUUCCCCCUUGUGUCCCUGAUUCUAUUUCUUUUUGGGACAGGCAUUGCCUACUGGAGUGGACUGUUUUUCUCUACAUCUCUGAGACUCUUCUCUUCAUUAUGGUUGACUCUGAUAAGACCUACUGUACUUCAAAAAGAUAACAAGUUGAUUACACCCAGAAGACUUUGUGGGGUGUUAUCCUUUGGUUUGGUUAGCUGGAUCACUUGUGGUGCAUUUGCUGUGUUCAUUGUUUAUCUUCAAUACUUGUUUAAGGAUUCGGACCACUCAAAAGAAACUUCACACAACUCCAGUAUACACACAGUCAAAAACCAGAGUUUGAUGGACAGUACCUCAAAAGCAACACAGUCUCUUUCCAACAGUACAACAAUUGCUGAAGCCAUUAACAGUCUUAAGAUGCAUGUAACAAUUCUGAAUUUAUUCACAUGGAUUGUGCUGCUCAACUUGCCAUCUUUAAUUUAUUGGUCAAAAAAUCUCAGGUACAAUGUUAGACUUGAUCCUGAUCCAUGUAGAUCUACAGCUAUUAUCCUCAUAUGCAUUUUAGAAAUUCUCAUGAAUUCAAGUACUUCUAAAAUGAAAUCAAGUAAACUCUUGAAGAUCGCAGCCAAAGUUCCACUUCCUUUGUCUGUUGCAAUGUUGGCCUUUGGACAAAUGCAUUUAUACAAAGUACCACACUUCGUAACCUUUUCUCUUCUUCUACAUGUGCUGUGUUGUAUUGUGUGA